UUUGUCAGAAACGGAGAAGCUCGAUGACUAAAACGAAGUAUUCUGGUGAAAACCCUAGCAAAUGAGCUACCAGUUGGAACAAUACGUUUUGGCUGUAAAAUAAUUGAUGUCCAAAUGGAUCCAUUAACUUUACUUCCAAUUCUCCAGCUUCAUGAUGGCACUGUAAUCAAAGCUAAGGUAGUGAUAGGAUGUGAUGGAGUAAACUCUGUGAUUGCGAAUUUCAUUGGAUUAAAACCUCCGAAGCAGUCAACAAUAGGCGGAGCAAGGGGUUUCACAAAUUACGAAAAUGGACAUGGAUUUAGCCCUGAAUUUGUUACCAUCAACAAAGGCCAUGUUUUGCUUGGAAGAGUCCCCCUUGAUCACAACCUUGUAUAUUGGUUUGUUACCCGUCCAAUCACACCUCAAGAUUUAACAAUGUCAAAAGAUACAACAAAAAUCAUAUCAUCAACACUAGAAUCAGUAAAGGGAUUUCCAAGAGAAAUGUUAGAGAUGAUACAGAACUGUGACGUAGAUUCACUGACUUUUAAUGGUACUCGAUAUCGAGCCCCAUGGGAAUUACUAAACGCAAGGUUUAGAAAAGGAACAGUGAUGGUUGCUGGAGAUGCCAUGCACGUAAUGGGCCCAUUUCUCGGACAAGGAGGCUCAAUUGCAUUAGAAGAUGCUAUCGUUUUGGCUAGAUGCUUAGCAACACAGAGGAGAGCAAAAAUGGCACUUGAUCAGUACAUUGGAGAGCGAAGGAUGAGAUUGGUGCAGAUUUCUACAAAAACAUAUGCUGUUGGGAUGCUUCUAGAAACUUCGUCUGUGGUUCUGAAACUUCUAUGCAUCGUCUUGAUGGUCAUAUUCUUUCGUGAGAGACUUGGUCAUACCCGUUAUGAUUGUGGCCGCCUAUAAUUAAGUAGAAAUUAUUUAAGGUUCAUUUGAGAAGAACUUUUUUAGCCUAAAUUAGCUAUGUUUGGGAAGAAUUUUUUUAGCUUUUUUGUUUUUUUGUGAGAGAAGAAAUGUAAUAAUUAUGGUUUGAAU